GUGAAGCUGGUGCAGCACACGUAUUCCUGCCUCUAUGGGACCUUCCUUGGGAACAGCCCCUGCGAGCGAGAGAUGCACAACAUCUACAAGCGUACCUGCUCCGUGUGGUCCCUCCUGCGGGCGGGCAACAAGAACUUCCACAAUCUUCUCUAUAUGCCAGGGUCUGAGCAGGUGCUGCAUCCAGUGUGCCACGUGCGAGCGCUGCACGUCUGGGCUGCAGUGUAUCUCCCAGCUUCCUCGCCGCAUCCUCUGGGGCAGGAGGACAUGGACAUUUACCUGCCCCCUGGAUCUCAGAGCCAGGAGUUCAGUGGCAGAUCUUUGGACAGGUUACCAAAGACAAGAUCCAUGGAUGACCUGCUCUCAGCCUGCGACUCCAGCAGCCCUCUGACCCGCACAUCUAGUGAUCCCAACCUGAACAACCACUGUCAGGAAGUCCGGGUGGGCCUGGAAGCCCGACAUGUCACCGCUGAGGGGGCUGAGCUGCCUGUGGGCGAAGGCAGUGGGGCGGCUGCGGGAGAGACACGGCAGGUGGAGGAGCAAGAGGAAAACGCUCCCCUGCAAGCCAGCAGCAUCUGUAGCAGCCGUGCUGAGCACCAAGGGUGUAGCAAGCAACUGAGCAGCUGGGCUUCUGUGCCAGCAAGCAGUGUCUCUCUGGAGGCAGGAAAGGGAAAUGGAGCAUACAUGGAGGAAGUGGAUGGCACAUGUCCAGCUCCAAAUCCUUCCAGACAGGAAAAUGUUGACAGGGUUUCCACCAGUUCCAGAAAGCAGUUAGAGACCUGUUCCCAGGAACCUUUGAAGGCUACUGGCCUAGUGUCCAAUGGAGGGGGCUGCCCCAAGAGAAACACCACUGGCCAAGACGUUCCCAGCCAGGAGUCCCUGGCACCAAGCGCCCCUUGUCAGGACAUCCCAGGCCCUGCCCUGGGCAUCCCCUGCCCGGAUGAAGACAGCAGCAAAGGUGAUGCUGGAAGGAGUGUGCCCUGCGAGGAGCCCGGCCGGCUGGGCAGAGUCCCGCUAGAGCAAUGGCGCAAGCCCAUUUCCCAGAGCCAAAGCAGCGAGUUCUCCUUCCUGGGCUCCAACUGGGACAGUUUUCAAGGAAUGGUGACAUCGCUCCCCAGUGGGGACCCUGCACCCAGACACCUCCUCUCCUACGGCUGCUGUAGCAAGAGGUUGAGCAGCAAACCUCUGCGGGCACCAGCUCACGUGCCGCCAAAAUGUCCUUCUCCGGUGCCUCCUCUCUACCUGGACGAUGACGGGCUCCCCUUCCCCACGGAUGUGAUUCAGCACAGGCUGCGGCAGAUCGAAGCCAGCUACAAGCAGGAGGUGGAGCAGCUGCGCAGGCAGGUGCGGGAGCUG